AUGAUCCAUAUUGUCGACAUUGCAGCCGACUAUUACAUGAUCCAUAUUGUCGAUAUUGCAGCUGACUAUUACAUGAUCCAUAUUGCAUACGACAUUGCAGCUGACUAUUACAUGAUCGAUAGUGCCGACAUUGCAGCCGACUAUUACAUGAUCCAUAUUUUAAACGACAUGACAGGUGACAAUUACAUGAUCCAUAUUGUCGAUAUUGCAGCCGACUAUUACAUGAUCCAUAUUGUGGACAUUGCAGCUGACUAUUACAUGAUCCAUAUUGUCCACAUUGCAGCCGACUAUUACAUGAUCCACAUUGUCCACAUUGCAGCCGACUAUUACAUGAUCCAUAUUUUAAACGACAUUGCAGCUGACUAUUACAUGAUCCAUAGUGCCGACAUUGCAGCCGACUAUUACAUGAUCCAUAUUUUAAACGACAUGACAGGUGACUAUUACAUGAUCCAUAUUGUCGAUAUUGCAGCCGACUAUUACAUGAUCCAUAUUGUGGAUAUUGCAGCUGACUAUUACAUGAUCCAUAUUGUCCACAUUGCAGCCGACUUAAACAUGAUCCAUAUUGUCCACAUUGCAGCCGACUAUUACAUGAUCCAUAUUUUAAACGACAUGACAGGUGACUAUUACAUGAUCCAUAUUGUCCACAUUGCAGCUGACUAUUACAUGAUCCAUUUUGUCGACAUUGCAGCCGACUAUUACCAGAUCCAUAUUGUCCACAUUGCAGCUGACUAUUACAUGAUCCAUAUUGUCGACAUUGCAGCUGACUAUUACAUGAUCCAUUUUGUCGACAUUGCAGCCGACUAUUACCAGAUCCAUAUUGUCCACAUUGCAGCCGACUAUUACAUGAUCCACAUUGUCCACAUUGCAGCCGACUAUUACAUGAUCCAUAUUGCAUACGACAUUGCCUGUUUACUAUUCGACACCUACACCUACAACUGCCACAACACCUACGCUUACACCUACACCUACACCGACACCGACACCUAA